AUGCCUUUCCAGACACCUCUCACCAAGGCCCUCGGGAUCGCUAUUCCCGUCGUUCAGGGAGGAAUGCAAUGGGUUGGAUAUGCUGAACUCGCAUCUGCCGUCUCGAACGCCGGUGGUCUCGGUAUCUUGACCGCUCUCACCCAACCAACACCAGAAGACCUGCGGAAGGAGAUCCGAAGAUGCAAGACCAUGACAUCUAAGCCCUUCGCUGUCAACUUAACCCUCCUCCCCGCCCUUGUCCCUCCAGACUACGGCGCCUACGCCGACGUCAUCAUCCAAGAAGGAAUUAAUAUCGUUGAAACCGCCGGAAACAACCCAGCACCCAUCAUCAAAAAGCUCAAAGCAGCCAACGUCAUCGUUCUUCACAAAUGCACCACCGUCCGUCACGCCCUUUCCGCCCAAAAACUCGGUGUGGAUUUCCUCUCCAUCGAUGGAUUCGAAUGCGCAGGUCACGUCGGUGAAACAGAUAUCCCCAAUUUCGUGUUACUCCGAAGAGCCGCCCAGGAACUAAAGAUCCCCUUCAUUGCUUCCGGUGGAUUCGCGGACGGAGAGGGUCUUGCUGGAGCUUUGGCUUUGGGUGCUUGUGGUAUCAACAUGGGAACUCGGUUUAUGGCUACAAAGGAGGCUCCUAUUCAUCAGAAUAUCAAGGAAGCCAUUGUUAAGGCUUCGGAAGAGGAUACCGAGUUGUUGUUGAGGAGGUGGAGGAAUACCAGCCGAUUGUUUAAGAACAAGGUCGCCGUUGAGGCCAAGCAGAUCGAGUCUACCAGCACAACUGGUAAGUUCGAGGAAAUUGCACAUUUGGUCAGCGGUAAGAGGGGAAGAACUGUCUUCAUCGACGGUGAUGUCGAUGCCGGUGUUUGGACCGCCGGUACUUGCAUGGGUUUGAUCCACGAUAUCCCAUCUUGCGACGAACUACUCAAGAGGAUCGAGAAGGAAGGUGAGGAGGCUAUCAGGAAACAAAACGAGUUCAUCGUUCCAUCUUCCAAACUAUAA